GUCGGGAGGCGUAACUCGUGCAGUCUCCGAGUAAAACACGCGGGAGACAAGAGUCCAUAGGGAGAGAGGCUCAAAGAAGUCUGGGAAGUGUAGUCCACUCGUUUUAGCGGUAGAUUGGUAAUGGGUGCCGAGGUUCCGGGAAGGGGCUGAACUGAAAAGGCUUGAAAGGAGACUGUGUCUUUUAACUGUGUAGCCGGAGCACAAGAAGUGUUUGUUGAAUAAAUGACUUAUCCAUUCAGACCCUGAGGAUAACCCUGUGAACUGCUAAUAGUUAAAUGGUUCUGGCCCUUGGUGUUGAUUUCAUUAUGCUGCGACGAAAACCAACUCGCCUGGAGCUGAAGCUUGAUGACAUCGAGGAGUUUGAGAGCAUUCGAAAGGACCUGGAGACCCGUAAGAAACAAAAGGAAGAUGUGGAAGUUGUGGGAGGAAGUGAUGGAGAAGGAGCCAUUGGGCUCAGCAGUGACCCCAAGAGCCGAGAACAAAUGAUUAAUGAUCGAAUUGGUUAUAAACCCCAACCCAAGCCCAACAAUCGUUCGUCUCAAUUUGGAAGUUUUGAAUUUUAGAGGUAGACAUGAAUUUUGCAUGCCAGAACCCUGGAACAGACUAAAAUGAUGGCAGAAGUAUAAACAAACUAAAAAACCAAACCCGUUGAACAAGAUUUAGAGAAUUGAGUACGUGAUCAAGCAAAAUGUUUACCUCUUGCAGUGAGGAAUACUUCUGCGUGAGUUUACAUAACUUUUACUUUAAGCCAGAAUCCAAACUCUAGUUUGUCUCUGGAAAAUUUGACUCUUUAAAUUAUAAUUUGUCUGAUUUUUGUUUUUUAAAAUAAAUAUAUUUUUGGAAAAAUGGAUAUCCUUAAUGAAGUAGAAUGGUAUUGUUAACUCCCAGAUUUUAAAAGGUAAUUGCUAUGAGAGGUAAUAAUCAUUCCUUCCCAUCUUUAUUAGAGUUCAUCCAUGUCACUCAUUUAACUCAUUUAUUCAACAAAUAUUUACCGAACACCUAUGACGUGCCAGGCACUGUUCCAGGCCCUUGGUAAACAUCAGUGAACAAAACUGACAAAGAUCCCUGCCCUUGUGGAGAUUAGAUUCUAGUAAUUUUAUGUAAACUUGAUGAAGUUGUGAGUUUCCAGAACCUCUGUUUACAGAAUGGCUUUGUGACUAGUUUGGGUAUAACUUUAGGAGGACAGGCAAUGGAGGGAAAUAAUAGGAGUGCUCCUGACAGUAUCACCAUCAUUCCAGUUCUCCUUCCUUUCGCAACUUGCCUAAGAAUUUUUCCCACCAGAAACCAGUCUGAGAAGCAACAGCUCAGGGGAUAAUUUUGAAUUAUGGCCCAUUAUUUUUACUUCUUAAUUCAACUACAGGGAACCACCAGCUGUGGUAGCAAUUUUUGAAACCGUCAGUUCUAAGGAGACCUUAGCUGGAUUUUACCCAGCCUUUCCAGAGUAGCUUAAAUCUAAGUGAUAGGAAUGUGGGAGAGGCAGGGCAGAAGGGGAUAGUUUCCUUCUAGUUCCAGCCAUUAUACAAAACCUUUAUUCUUUCAGUUUUACCCAGGACCUUAAAUUCUGUUAUCUCAAAGUCUUAACAACACAUUAAGUCAGGCUUCAGAUAGGGAAAUCAAGUUAUAUUUUGAAGCCUGCAAAGGCCAAUAUGGAAGAGCAUAAAAACAAAGAAGGGAAGAACAAGGGUGUGCCUCAGCCCUUGUCACUGGCUUCCCAGCAGAGUGGGUGUUUAACAGGUACAGAAGCUUAUACAGAACCAUGUGCCUCCUUGAUUUCUCCCCCUUACAUACUAGCAGCCAACACUCAGGGCUUAGUUUGUAAGGCAGUGUACUGAGUGCUUUAUGCAGAUUACCUCAUUUAAUUUUUAACUCCUAUGAGGAAGCUCCUUUAGCCUAGUUUUCCAGAAGGUGAAACUGAUGCUUAGCUAUUAAGUGGUCAAGCUGAGAUUUGACCUAGGCAGUGUGAUUUCUGAACCACUGCCUCUAAACAUCCUUGCUACACUGCUUUCCUACUUUUUCACAGCUGGGUCUAAGAAAGUGGGGAUGUUAGGGUAAGAGGUUGCUUUUUCAGUUCUCAGGAAAUUUUCUUUGUAAAAAUGAGGCAAUUACUAGACCAGCAGAUAAGAAUGCACCUGUCUUUUUGGGCACUACUGAAAUCAUGUGCAUCAACUCUGUAUUCCUACUGCUCAUUUCUAGGAAGAUGGUCAGGUGCUUGUGAAGAGAUACCAAUCUUAUCCAGAAAACUGUAUGUCAUGGAUUGAAUUAUGUCCCCCAAAAAAU